GCGAUCUCCUGGAUCCUAGGUGGAUGCUCAACCGCUGAGCCACGCCCAGCCGGCCAGGAGUUUUUUCAUACUGCACGCGUGACCUUUGAGGACGUGGCCCUGUACUUCUCCCGGGAGGAGUGGGAGCUGCUGGAUGAGGCGCAGAGAGGCCUCUACCGCGACGUGAUGCUGGAGAACUUGGCUCUUACGUCCUCGCUGGGGUUCAGAUCAUCCAGGUCCCAUGCAGUUGCUCAGUUGGAGCUAAGGGAAGAGUCCUCUGUGCUUCACAGCAUGGACAUGACCCCAGUCUUAACAAGAGUAGCUCAGACGGGGCCUGACCCAGGUUAUUGGAGUGGAGUGGAACGUGACUAUGCACCUUCUGAACAAUGCAUUUCUUUAGAAGGAGCAUCACAUAUCAGAACUCUUAAGGCAGGUUCACCUCCCCGCAAGGCCCAGCCUUUUGAGAUGUGUGGACCAAUCUUGACAGACAUUUUGCACUUGGUUGAGCAUCAGGGAACAUAUCUUGGGCAGAAAACAUACACAUGUGAGAAACUGUUCUUUAUGGCCAACCUUCAACGGCACCAGGAGCAGCACAUUAGAGAGAUCCCCUUCAGAAAGUCUGUGGACAGAGCCUCACUUACAAAGAGCUGCACAGUCCAUGUGUCAGGGAAGCCCUUUACCUGUGGGGAGAUAGGGGAGGACUUUUUAGCUAGCCUGCAAUUUCUCCAUCAACAGGUCACUCACAUUGGAGAGAAGCUAAACAACAAUAAUGAGUGCAGGGCUGUCUUUCAUAGUGGAAAAAGUCUUCACAACUGGGGACAAUGCAAGAAAGCCCUUAGCUGCACAGACAUACUUGCUCAGGGCCAGAGAGUCCUCACUCGAGAAGGGCUUUAUGAAUGCAGCAAAUGUGGAAAAGCCUGCACCCGAAGAUGUAAUCUCAUUCAGCACCAGAAAGUUCACACCGAAGAAAGGCCUUUUGAAUGCAGUGAAUGUGGAAAAUUCUUUACCUACUACUCCAGCUUCAUUAUACAUCAGAGAGUUCACACUGGGGAAAGGCCUUAUGAGUGCAACGAAUGUGGAAAAUCCUUUAGCCAAAGCUACAGCCUCAAUAGCCAUAGGAAAGUUCACACUGGAGAAAAGCCCUAUGAGUGUAGGGAAUGUGGAAAAUCUUUUAGCCAAAGGUCCAAUCUCAUUCAACAUCAGAGAAUUCAUACUGGAGAAAGGCCUUAUCAAUGUAGUGAAUGUGGGAAAUCCUUUAGCCAAAACUUCAGCCUUAUUAACCACCGGAGAGUUCACACUGGAGAAAGGCCUCAUCAGUGCAGUGAAUGUGGGAAAUCAUUUAGCCGAAGCUCCAGCCUCAUUCAUCACAAAAGACUACACACUGGAGAAAGGCCUUAUCAGUGCAAUAAAUGUGGGAAAUCCUUCAAGCAAAGCUCUAGCUUCAGUUCACAUCGGAAAGUACACACGGGAGAAAGGCCUCAUGAGUGUGGGGAAUGUGGAAAAUCCUUUAGCCAUAGCUCCAAUCUCAAGAACCACUGGAGAGUUCACACUGGAGAAAGGCCUAUUGAGUGCCCUGAAUGUGGAAAAUCCUUUAGCUGCAAAUCUAAUCUCGUUAAACACCUGAGAGUUCACACCGGAGAAAGGCCUUAUGAAUGUGGAGAAUGUGGCAAAUCUUUUAGCCAAAGCUCAAGCCUCAUUCAACACCAGAGAGUUCACACUGGAAAAAAGCCUUACGAGUGCAGUGAAUGUGGCAAAUCCUUUAGUUGCAAAUCUGACCUCAUUCAACACCAGAGAGUUCACACUGGAGAAAGACCUUAGAUAUGUCAUGGAGCCCGAAAAUUGUACCAAUGUGAGAAGUGUUCCAAGACCUUUAAGCAUUUCUCUCGGUUCGAAGUCCAUCAGAGAAGACACAAUAAUGAGAGGACAUUUAUUUGUGCCACAUGUGACAAAGGCUUCUUCCAGGCCUCAGACCUACGUGUGCAUCAGAAGAUUCAUGCAGGAGAGAAGUCUUUCAGGUGCAGCACGUGUGCAAAGUCCUUCAGCCACAGAACUAACCUUGUGGCUCAUGAGAGAAUCCACACGGGAGAGAAGCCCUACGUGUGCUCCGAGUGCCACAGGUGCUACCGCCAGUCAUCCACCUACCACCGCCACCUGAGGAUGCACCAGAGAACUGCCUCCACACCAUUUUGUUCCUCACCCAAUAAGGGUUUUAGAAACAGGAAGGAAGAAGAUGAGAGAGAGAGAGGAAAAUUGAUACGAGGGUUCCAUGGGUUCCCUCUUGUAUGUGCCCUGACCUGGAAUCGAACCCACCCCUUUUGGUGUGCAAGAGGACGUUCCAAUCAACUGAGCCAGUCAGAGUUGUAUGUGUAUUUUUUAAAAAGGCAGCUCUGGCAACCUAUCUGGUUUUGUUCAGUGGUUAGAGCGUCAGCCUGCGGACUGAAGGGUCUCAGGUUCGAUUCUGGUCAAGGGCAUGUACCUUUCAGAUGGGUAGAUUGGGAAGGGGAAAGGAUUCUAGGUUCUCAGUAUAGGAGCUUUUUGUGGUUUUAUUUGUCCCCAUCAUGCCAGGGCAGAGUGACCUUUGAGGACGUGGCUGUGUACUUCUCCUUGGAAGAAUGGGAGCUCCUCGAUGAGGCUCAGAGACGUCUGUACCACGAUGUGAUGCUGGCGAACUUGGCACUUACAACUUCCUUGGGUUGUUGGUAUGGAGCCCAGAAUGAGGAGGCACCUUCUGAACUCAGCGAUUUUUUACAAGGAGUGUCACAGGUUAGGACUCCCAAGGCAGGUGUGCCUCCCCUGAAUGCUCAUCCUUGUGAGCUGUGUGGUGUGGACUUGAGAGACAUUUUGCACUUGACCGAGCACCAGGGAACACGUCAUGGGCAGAAACUGCACAAGAUUGAGACGUGUGAGAAACAGUUGAAUGUCAGUGCAGACCUUCAGCAUCAGAAGCAGCACGUGGGAGAGAAGUGCUUCAGAAGUAACGCUUGCAGAGUCUCAUUUGUAAAGGACUGCAAAUUCUGUGUGUCAGGGAAGCCCUUUUCCUGUGGGGAAGUUGUGAGGGACUUCCUGGCCAGCUCAAGAUUUCUUCAGCAACAGAUCAUAAAUACCAGGGAGAAGUCAAAUAGGAGAACUGAGUGUGGGGCAGCCUCUCACAGGGGGAGAAACCUGUUUGACUCUGGAGAAUACAUGAAAGACUUCGAUUGCAAACGCAAGUUCGUUCACCAGAAAAUCCUCACUAGAGAAAGAGGCUACAUGUGCUGUGAAUGUGGAAAAUCUUAUAGCAAAAGCUAUAGUCUCAAUGACCAUUGGAGAGUUCACACUGGGGAAAAGCCUUAUGAGUGUGGGGAAUGUGGGAAGUGCUUUAGGCAGAGCUCUAGCCUCAUUCAACACCGGAGAGUUCACACUGGAGUAAGGCCUCAUGAGUGUGACCUAUGUGGAAAAUUAUUUAGCAACAAGUCCAACCUCAUUAAACAUCGAAGAAUUCACACUGGAGAAAAGCCAUAUGAGUGUAGUGAAUGUGGGAAGUCCUUUAGUGAAAGCUCUGCACUCCUUCAACACCGGAGUGUUCACACCGGAGAAAGGCCUUAUGAGUGCAGUGAAUGUGGGAAAUUCUUUACCUACCACUCCAGUCUCAUAAAACACCAGAGAGUUCACUCUGGGUCAAGGCCCUAUGUGUGCAGUGAAUGUGGAAAAUCCUUUACUCAAAACUCCAGCCUCAUUGAACACCGCAGAGUUCAUAGUGGAGAAAGACCUUAUAAGUGCAGCGAAUGUGGGAAAUCUUUUAGCCAAAGCUCUGCGCUGCUUCAGCAUCGGAGAGUUCACACUGGAGAAAGGCCUUAUGAGUGCAGUGAAUGUGGGAAAUUCUUUACUUACAGCUCCAGUCUCUUAAAACACCAGAGAGUUCACACUGGUUCAAGGCCUUAUGCAUGUAGUGAAUGUGGGAAAUCCUUUACUCAAAAUUCUAGUCUCAUCAAACACAUGAGAAUUCACACUGGAGAAAGGCCUUAUGAGUGUAGCGAAUGUGGGAAAUCUUUUAGCCAUAGCUCAAGCCUCAUUAAACACCGAAGGGUUCACACUGCAUAAAGGCCUUAUGCAUUAGAAUGUGGGAAAUUAUUUACCUUUAACUCCAGGGUCCUAAAACACCAUGUCACAUUGGAUGAAGGCCUUAAGAUUAUGUCAGAUGUGGGAAAUCAUUUACCAAAGUCUAGCCUCAUUAGAUUCAUUAAUGAAAUUCACAGUAGAGAAAGGGCUUCAGCUGAAAGACUUGUCUUACUGGAUACCACAGAUUUGAAAUUGGAGAACUGCCUUAACUGUGCAGGUAUAUACUAUUUCUUUGGUCAGUGCACCAGGAGACCCCUUAUGAAGGUGCCAUUUGCCUGUAUUGAGCCUCAUACAUCUGAGCAUCCACAUAAAUUCCAGGUAUGUGGAAAUUGCAUUGCACUUUUUAACCUGGCCAGGACCAUGACCAGAUUUAUGUCAUUGGCAGUUCUGUAGCAGAAGCCAUUUCAGCUGUACCUCCUGGAUGGAGUCUACAUUGUGCAGCAUUUAUCCGCCCCAGAAUGUUCAGGGAAGUAAACCCCAGUGUUCUCUCAUUUGUGGGAUGAUUCAUGAGUAGCCUGAACACUUUUUCUUUCCCAUUUUUUUUCUUCUCUGAUGGGUUAGAGCAUGGAACUUACCCAGUUUUGGCCUAGAGGACUCUUGGGCAUUUGAAAAGAUGGACUGCACUUUCUCAUGGAUAUUGUUGGUUUCACGUGGUUCCUGUGUUGGCAUUUUCCAGCCUCCAAGUCACCAACCAUGGAACAGCCUGUCAUUACUCAUUUUGUAAGACAAUAAAUGUCUUAUAGUUGAAACCAC